UGCAAUCCAAACGUACAGAAACUGCAACACGAACGUCCUCUUUUUCUCUCUUUCCACUCGACUCGCCGCUAUAAAAUUUGUCUCUGAACAGUUCAAACUUUUCCCCCUCUCGCUCUCUCUCUCUCUCUCAGCAUCUCAACUUUGCCGUUUCGAUUCCCAAAAAGGCAUCCUUUUUCAACUUUUGAUUCAAAAACUCAGAGAUUAUCUAAGGAACUGCUUUCUUGGCUGAGAAAAUCAUUGCCGAAUUUUCUUGGAGAUUCUCGCCUCCCCUGUUUUUUAGGAUUCAUUGGUGGGUUUGAGUCUUUGUGUCCAAAGGUUAAAGGGUUUUCGUGGGAUCAUGAAGAAGAUGAUCAACGAUCAUUUAUCGUUUCCUGACUUAGUGAGGAUGUCAAGAUUUCAUUUUGACCAUUUGGUUUUUCUCUCUGGAGCUUGAUUAGGGUUUGUUUUGGUUUUUAACAGGUGAUAAUUUAAGAAUAUAUAUAAAUUAAUUGGUAUGGGUGCAAAAGAACAUCAAAGUGCGACAGAUUCUCCCAAAGUAGAGGUGGGAGAGAUUGACACCAGUGCACCAUUUCAGUCUGUUAAAGAUGCUGUCACACUCUUUGAUGAAGGCACUUUCUCAGGAGAAAAACCAGCCAUCAGGAAGGCAAAACCUCAUUCUGCCGAGAGAGUUUUGGCCAAGGAAACAGAGCUCCACCUGGCCCAGAAGGAGCUGAACAAGUUAAAGGAUCAACUGAAGAAUGCGGAAACAACUAAAGCGCAAGCACUCAUUGAACUUGAAAAGGCUAAAAGAACAGUUGAGGAUCUGACCCGAAAACUUGGAAAUGUCACUGAAUCUAAAGAUUCAGCAAUUAAGGAAACAGAAACUGCUAAAAGCCAGGCAAAGGAAAUUGAAGCAGCAAAGAGUGGUGAUACUUCUGCAUCUGAUGGUGCUAGGAAGCAGGACCUGGAGUCUGCCAGGGAACAGUACAUGACUGUGUUUACUGAACUUGAUGCUGCAAAGCAAGAACUCCGGAAGAUUCGACAGGGAUGUGAUGCAUCCUUGGAAGCAAAACUUGCUGCCUUAAAUCAAGCUGCAGAAGCAGAACAUGCAGUCAAAGCAAAUGUGGAAAAAGUUAGUGAGCUUUCUAGGGAAAUCUCAUCUCUACAGGAAUCAAUUGGGCAAGUGAAGCUAGCAUCUCUGCAAGCCCAGCAAGAGCAAGCAAAAACAUUUGCUGAGAAGGAUGUUCUGAGGCAGUCCUAUAAAGCUACCCUGGAAACAUCAGCAAAUAAACUUCUUGCAUUGAAAAAUGAGUUUGAUCCUGAACUUGCCCGGAAUCUUGAAAAGCAACUGGCUGAAACAAUGAAUGAGAUUGAUGCUCUGCAAAAGCAGAUGGAAAAUGCUAAGGCUUCCGAUCUGGAUUCAGUGAGAACUGUCACUUCAGAGCUUGAUGGUGCUAAGGAGUCAUUGCAGAAAGUAGCAGAAGAGGAAAGCUCCUUGCGAAGUUUGUUGGAUUCUCUUAAGCUGGAACUUGAGAAUGUGAAGAAGCAGCAUUCUGAAUUGAAGGAGAAAGAGGCGGAAACGGAGUCCAUUGCUGGGAACCUGCAUGUCAAGCUCCGCAAAAGCAAGGCUGAGCUUGAAGCAGCCCUUGCUGAGGAAUCUAAAGCAAGAGGUACAUCUGAAGAAAUGAUCUCAACUCUCCAUCAGCUGUCAUCAGAAGCAGAGAAUGCGCAACAAGAAGCUGUAGAAAUGAAGCACAGGGCUGAGGAGUUGAAGAAGGAAGCUGAAGCAGCCAGGAUUGAACUUGAAGAAGCAGAGAAGAAGUUGAGGGUUGCUCUGGAAGAAGCUGAGGAAGCAAAGACAGCAGAGACAAGGGCACUCAAUCAGAUCAAGAUGUUGUCUGAGAAAACUAAUGCUGCUCGUGCUUCAACUUCGGAGUCUGGUGCCAAUAUCACAAUCUCCAGAGAGGAGUAUGAGGCUCUGAGCCGGAAAGUUGAGGAGUCUGACACUUUGGCAGAAAUGAAAGUGGCAGCAGCCAUGGCUCAGGUAGAAGCUGUAAAGGCUAGUGAAAAUGAGGCUCUCAAGAAGUUUGAGGCAAUGCAGAAGGAGAUUGAGAAUAUGAAGGUUGCAACUCAGGAGGCUUUGAAGAGGGCAGAGAUGGCUGAAGCAGCCAAGAGGGCAGUUGAGGGAGAACUUCGAAGGUGGCGUGAACGAGAACAAAAGAAGGUGGCUGAAACUGCAUCAAGGAUUCUAGCAGAGACACAGAUGUCAUUAGAAUCAUCUCCUCACCAUUAUAGGAUUCAAAAGCAGAACCCAGCACCACAGAAAGUUAUUGAGGUCCGGAAGUUGGAGAAGGAGAAGACUUCUGUUUCCAAGAAAGUACUUCUGCCUAAUCUCAGUGGCAUCUUCCAGCGUAAGAAGAACCAAAUUGAAGGUGGAUCUCCUUCUUACCUUCCUGGUGAGAAGCCUGUCUGACAAUUGCAUUUGCAAGACUUUUGUGUGAUUACCAAUGGUUAAUAGAGGCAUUGUGUUAUGAGUUGAUUUUGUGUGUAUAUUUGAAACUCGUGGAAUCAAAUUCCUGGAUCUCUCGUCUGUUUAAGGAGUGGAUAUCAAAAGAUGAGCAUGGAAAGCAAGUUUAGGGAA